GAAAGGCUCCCUCCAGCACCGGGAAAACUGACUACUGAGUCGGCCACAAAAUCUUCCGUCGCAAUCGUGGUUUCUCUGGUUACCCUUGGGAAGAAAUGUCUUCUGUUAAAAGAAAUCCCAAGAGGGAAAUCAUUUCUGAACUCCACAGUUCAGCCGCAGAAGGAGACCUCGCGAAGUUAGCAGGGAUACUCAGUCAUUCUCCGUCCCUUCUCAAUGAGACUUCUGAAAAUGGAUGGACUGCUUUAAUGUACGCUGCCAGGAACGGGCAUCCCGGUGUGGUCCAGUUUCUGCUUGAGAAAGGAUGUGACAGAUCGCUUGUCAAUAAAUCGAGGCAAACCGCCCUGGAUAUUGCUGUAUUUUGGGGUUAUAGGCAUAUAGCUAACUUGUUAGCUAACGCAAAAGGCGGGAAGAAGCCCUGGUUUCUAACCAAUGAAAUAGAUGAGUGCGAAAAUUAUUUUAGCAGAACACUACUGGACCGGAGGAGUGACAAAAGAAAUAAUUCUGACUGGUUGCAAGCUAAAGAGAGUCACCCUUCCACAGUUUACAUCCUUUUCUCAGACCUGAACCCCCUGGUUACGCUAGGAGGCAAUAAAGAAAGCUCGCAGCAGCCGGAAGUCAGACUUUGCCAGCUGAACUACUCGGAUGUAAAGGAUUACCUGGCUCAGCCUGAGAAAAUCACUUUGGUGUUCCUCGGAGUCGAGCUUGAAAUGAGAAAAGGCUCGCACGCCCAUGCCGAAGGGGUCCCAGAGGAAGAGGAGGAUGGUUUGGUUGCGUGGUUUGCCCUCGGUAUAGACCCUGGCCCUGCUGAGGAGUUUAAACAAAGACACGAAAACUGUUAUUUUCUCCACCCUCCAAUGCCAGCUCUUCUGCAGUUGAAAGAAAAAGAGGCUGGGGUCGUAGCUCAAGCUAGAUCGGUGCUUGCGUGGCAUAGUCGCUACAAGUUCUGCCCAACCUGCGGCAGUGCGACUAACAUUGAGGAAGGUGGCUACAAAAGAGUGUGUGUUCGAGAGAGCUGUCCUAGUCUCCAGGGCGUCCACAACACAUCUUACCCGAGAGUUGAUCCAGUCGUAAUUAUGCAGGUCAUCCAUCCAGAUGGAACUAGAUGUCUUUUAGGCAGGCAAAAGAGAUUCCCCCCAGGCAUGUUUACCUGUCUUGCUGGAUUUAUCGAGCCUGGGGAGACGAUAGAAGAUGCUGUGCGGAGAGAGGUGGAAGAGGAGAGUGGAGUCAAAGUUGGCCAUGUUCAGUAUGUCUCUUGUCAGCCAUGGCCAAUGCCCUCUUCGUUAAUGAUUGGUUGUUUAGCUGUGGCAGUGUCUACAGAAAUUAAAGUUGACAAGAAUGAAAUAGAGGACGCCCGAUGGUUCACUAGAGAACAGGUUGUGGAUGUUCUUACCAAAGGGAAGCAGCAAGCAUUCUUUGUGCCACCGAGCCGAGCUAUUGCACAUCAGUUAAUCAAACACUGGGUUGGAAUGAACCCCAAUCUCUAAAGGAAAAAUACUAGCCUCUGUUGGAGUAUUACUUCAUUUUUAACACUACUUAAUUCUCAAGAAAGAGUAGAUAUAUUUAUUGAUCUUUAUAAUCUUAUAAAACUUGGGAGCUUCAAAAAUAUUUUAAGUGUUCUUUCCAUUAUUAACUGCAAAAAUUCAUAGUUUUAUACACUGGAAUGAUGCAUCAAGAUUUUUGUAAAUUUGGAGGCAGCCUGUGAACAUUUUUGUUGUGUUUCCCAAUUUUAUCUCAGAAAACUAACUGUAUUUCCACCAAGAAAGAUCAUGUUGGAAUGAAGUGUGCUCUAAAAAUGAGAUAAACCUUAAUCUAUCCCUUGAAAAAAGCGGAUUCCUUGUUAGAGAUAUGCAUCAAAAUAACUUUGAUGAAUUUUGAGCUUUUGUGGAUAUAUAGUGAUCUAAUUAUCAGUCUCCUGGCUUUCUGUUCUAGUGUUCAUACUGUUGUAGUAUUGCUUCUAGUGUGACCAGUGUUGAGAAUGAUUAAAAUACUCAUUACUGAUCUCAGAAUCCUAUACUCAUGGGUAGAGAACUAAAAUACAGGUGUGCACCAUUGUGUCUGGGACUGCACAGUUAAAGCUCAAGCCACUGUAUCUCACUGUUUUACCUAAAAUUGCUAUUAAGGCACGUGACGAUUCUUCAAUUUUUCACCAGAUUUUUAACAUUUUAGAAAGGAAUUUCUGAAAGUCAGGGACUAAAUAUCAAAUCUAUUUACAUAUUAAGUAAAGCACUAACUGUAAUUUAAUUUUGUGAUAUAUUUGUUUGGGCAAAAAAUAUAAUAACUGAUGUCAAUAUUCAUUGUAUUGAAAUACAAUAUCUUGGCAUUGACCUUUUUUAUCAUAUCCUCAGAGCCUUAAGUAGUACAUCUUAGAAUGGGGUUGCUAAGCUCUAGAGAAAAAUAUUGCAGCAUUUCACAGUUUUACAAUAUAGAUUGUUGUAUUACUAAAAGUGUUUAUAGAAUAAGGAGCCAGAAAAAUGGCUUGGUCGUUAAGGUGCUUGCUAUGCAAGCAUGAGUACUUGAGUUCACUGCAACCAUUUCACAAGCUGUGUUUAGUAACAUCAAAAUCUAAACCUAGACCCAAAGAGGCAGCGACAUGAGUAUCCUGGGGCCUUGUUGGCCAGUCAGGCUGGUGAUUCACUGAGCGCAAAAGCAAACCCUGUCUCAGAACACAAGGCUUCCUCAGACACAGAGGUGCUCCUCAGACACAGAGGUGUUCCUCAGACACAGAGGCGAAGAGCACCUUUCAUUCCUUGGAGGACCAGAGUUUAGUUCCCAAGAUCCUCCUCAGACCACAACCACCUGCAACUACAACUUCAGGGGAUCAAACACCAUCUCCUGACCUCUGUCUCUGACCUACACACACACACACACACACACACACGAGGUGAAAAGGAGUGAUGAUAGCAAGAAUAAACUAAGCUCAUCAAAUAUUUUUAAUUCAGAAUUUAAGUAUAAUACUUAAAUUUUAUUUAACCUAAAUAAUAGAAUGUUCCCAGAGGAUUUACUUUACUAAUGAAUACUAUUGCUUAGCAGUCAAUGAAGGCUUAUUAAAAUCAGAGCUUUAACCAAACCAAAGCCUACACAGGACAUUUCUAUAUAUGGUAAGUUGGACCUAUAUAGUUAAGAGAAUAUACUUUGAAUAUUAUGAAAUACGAUCAGCUGAAUUUCAUCUUUGCUCCAAAUGUGCUUUUAGUAUUUCUCCAUUUUUGUAUUGCAUCAUAAACUCCCACGUCCUUAAUGUUAAAUAGCAAAGUAAAAUAUACAUGUUAAAAAUGUACAAAUUUAUUUUCAAAUUCCUACUGUAUUGGGGGAAAUUAGUGAGUAAAUUACUGUUUUUAAUGAUCAUUCCUAAGUUUUGACAUUGGGGAGGUGAGGAUACAAUAUAAAUAUAAAUGGUUGCUACUUUAACCAGCUCUUUGGGGGCAAGUGUCACACAAAUAUUCAAUAGAAAUCGAUGUAACAAUGCAUUAAAAUUUAUUCUGAUUGUGUAUUGUGUAUGUUUUCAAUGUUUGAUGAAUUUUUUGACACAAGUAUAACUUUUAGUCAGUAUUAUCUGCUUAUUAAUGAUGUAUGAUGUUCAUAAGCAAAUGUACAUCUCUCUCUCUCUCUCUC